AUGGACCGUGGAGAGGGAGGAGGAGAUUUACAAUCUCUUUUCGGUGGAAGGAUGAGCAAGUACUAUGCUGUGGAACAGAUUGCCAAAGCCAUGAAGCCGCAGUUGGUGAACGGCGUCUGGCAAAAGCCGAAGCUUUCUGCAAGAAGAAUCGCUCGCAUUCGAAAAGAGUGUUUACGUUAUGGAACGAUCAAUGGAAUCCAAGCUCAGUGGAAUCCCGAAUGGGACAAGCCUGCCAAGUCCUGGAUCCCGAAGUCGCCCAAGGGACAUGCGUUUGAUAACAAACUUGCUGAGAGAGUUGCUCUUAUCGACAAAAACUUGAAGGGAAUGGACAAACUAAUCGAAGAAACUCGCAAGGAAGCCUAUCUGACAAAACCUCACACAUUCCUCGAUAUAAAACUAGAUGCAGACGACUACGACGAGUUCUUUGAAAUUGGAAAGCGUGUGACGAGUAAGGCAAGAAAAGCAAAUCGCGCUGCCGAAGCUGCCAAGGCUGCGGCAAAGGCUGCGGCAAAGGCUACAACAAAGGCUACAGCGAAGACUACAGCAAAGGCUACAGCAAAAAGCGCAGCGGAGACUGCGAAGGAGCCUGCAAAGGAAGCCGAGAAGAAAGAGAAGGUGAAUGAAAAACAAAAGAUGGGUAAAGAGGGAGCUAAGAAGGAGAAGGGAAAAGAAGCAGAGACAGAUAAGAAAUAAAACAAGCAUAGUU